CCCUCUCCACCGCGAGUGCCAGGCAGACUUCCUGCCUCACCCUCGGCGGCUCCCUGCAGGUCUCCCGUCUUCCAGGAGCGACCCCUGGCUGGCCCUGCACCUGGGAAGGGGAAGGAGCAGGUGGAAAACUCUGCAUCCAGGAUGUUCAACGUGACCCAAGACUUAAAACAGACUCGUCUUCACCAGCACUUUAUGCAUCGGAAGCUGGAAAUCGCCUAUGCCAUAGCCAAGCCAUUUCCCUUCUUCGAAGGCCUUCGUGACAAAUCCUUCAUCACAGAGAAAAUGUACCUGGAAUCUCUAGAAGCCUGCAGAAAUGCGGUCCCUGUACCCAGAGUGGUGUACAACAUUCUCAGCAAACUGGAGGAGAAAUUUAAUCUGUCCCUUCUGGAGAUGCUGUUCAGUGAAAUCAACCUGCGCGAAUACCCCAGACUGAAGGCGGUCCUCUGGAGCUUCAGAAACGUUGUCUUUUCCCGCGGAGGAUGGGACAGAGCCACACUGACCCUCCUUGACGCCCCAGCCAACACGGCAGGAAGAAGCUCCCACCAGACCCUUCUGCCAUUGCCAGCGCCCCAGCGUCCUCCACCGAGGCGCCCUGCUCCUGAGCCCGCGGCCGGCCAGCCCAGAGCCAUCCCUCUGUGCAGCACGAAGGUCCUGGAUAGGCCACCCGGCCCUGCUGGUGCUGCCAAGGCUCUUCCCAGCGUCCUCCAAAAAGGAAGGACCACUCCAGGGUCCAGCGGCAACCUGACCCCUCAAGCAGAAGAGAGAGAGGACGUUCAAGAAAUGCCCUGUCCUCUCUCAGCUCUUGUGCCAGAGACAAGGACUGACUCUCCUGAACCAAGGGAGCCAGGGGAGCCCCAGGAGGCAGCCAGCACACCUCCGGUCAGGAAAGGAAAGAAAAGAAAAAGAAGUAUCUGGGACACUCCAAGAAAGAGACACCAGAAAAAAAGCCUUCCAAGGGGACCCACCUUACCUGGGCACAGAAUUCAAAAGAAGCUCCAAGUGGCGGAUCAGGCAACUCAAAAGAAGGACAAAACCAGGAACACAACGGUGGUGACAGGGGCCCAAACGUCUGGACCCGAGGAGGUCAGUGAUGACUCUUCAGAAGUGAGUGAAGCGAAGAGUCCCCGGGAGCCACCCAGCACACCACCAAGAAUGACUCAAGGUACAGAUGAGGGAUUGCGAGUCUCAGAGGGACGUCCGAGGAGCCCAGAUGCCCUGGAUCAUGGAAGGAGACUGUCUCUGGGGAAAUCUCCCCGAGAAAAGCAAAAAAUGAGAAAAAAAUGUAGCUGGUCAAGUUCAAAAACCAGACAGAAAACAAGGCUCUCGAAAGGAACUGCCUCAUCUGGGCACAGAGCGCAAGAGAAGACCCAAGUGGUGGAUCAGGCAACUCAAAAGAAGGACAACUCAACCAGGAACACAGUGGUGGUGACAAGGGCCCAAAAGGCAAGGAUUGAAUGUGCCCAAAAGUCUAGACCUAGAGAAAAGAAAAGGGGAAAAGAUGUCCGUUCAAGUUCAACAAGAAGUUGUCAGAAAAAUAUUCCCCCAAAGGAAAAACCCAAAGAUGAAACUGUGGAUUUUCAGUCUCCGACACUUCCUGUGACCUGUGGCGACGAGAAGGGUAUUUUACACAAGGAUAAAUUGAAAAAAGGAUCCUCGGAGCCAAGCAUUCAGAAUGAGGCCGGAGUGUGGUUCACGCCAAGAGAAUUUGAAGUCAAAGGAAGAGGGAUUCGUUCGAAGAACUGGAAGCGGAACGUGCGUUGCCGAGGAGAGACCCUCCAACGGCUGCUGGAGAAAGGACUUUUGCUCUGUCCUCCAAGAAUAAGUCUCAAGAGAGAGCGGGAAAGCCCGGAUGAAUGUGAGGUGUGCUGCAGAGGGGGACAGCUGCUCAGCUGCGACACCUGCCCACGGGCCUUUCAUGAGGACUGUCACAUCCCGCUGGCGGAGGCCGAGAGGAGCCCGUGGAGUUGCACCUUCUGCAGGAUGAGGGAGACCUCCGGAAGCCGGCAGUGUCUCAGGGAACCCGAGGUCCUGGAGAGGCGGAUGGGGCCUGAGGAGCAGCUGAAAUGUGAGUUCCUCCUCUUGAAGGCCUACUGUCACCCACAAAGUGCCUUUUUUGCGAAGAGCCCACAUAACAUUCAAGAUUAUGCUGAGCCCUUUAAGGAAGCCAUGUGGCUGGACCUGGUGAAGGAAAGGCUGACUGAGAAGGUGUAUACGGUGGCAUGGUUCGUACGGGACAUGCGCCUGAUUUUUCACAACCACAAAACAUUUUACAAGGCUUCCGACUUUGGUCAGGUAGGCCUGGACUUACAGGCAAAAUUUGAGAAGGAUCUCAAAGAGGUGUUUAUGUUUCAUGAAGCCAAUGAGAACUAUUCCCACGCUCCUCCUUGACCCCAUUCUGGAAGGACGAAGGCACCUCAACUUCAGGAUAAAGAUGAUGCAACCCUGGUCAUCCUUAGAUUGCCAGUGAGUCUGGGAUGUGAUUGGCUGUCCCCUUGCCUCAAAUCCAGGCCCUUACAGCAUCAUCACACCCUCUACCUCCUUUUAGCAUUUCUUGUUGCAAUUAAAAAAAUUAGGCCUUGAAUCUAAAGAACUGAAUACUUCCUAAAUAGCGUUAAAUACCCAUCAUAGUUCACACUCUCCCCAUUUCUUAUAAAUUGUUUUACAGCGGAUUUGUUUGAAUCUUGAUUUGGCUACUCUGUCUCUUAUGUCCCUUUAAUUCUGUAAGUUUGCCAGCUAUUCAUGCCAGCUGGGGCCCUUGUCCUGUACAAUGUUUCAUAGUCUGGGCUUUUCUACACUCGCACCACGAUGAAAAUUGUAUUAAGUUGAAUUCUAGAUUUGUGUGAAGUUUUUUGUUGUUGUUGUUGUUUGUUUCUGUUACAUAUUUAAUAUAUCAUUGCAAAGAGUAUUUAUUUUUAGGAUUUUUGCAUUUGUAUUUACAAGUGAGAUUGGUCUGUACAUGUUUGUAUUUUGCCAUAGUCAGGCAUAGGGUUAUCCUUGCUUGGUGAAAGGCCUCAUAAAACUUCCCACUGUUUUAUAUGUUCUGGAAUAGCGGAUAGUGUUUUAAAUUCAUAAAAGUGUAUAGCCUAGAGAUCUUUAGGGAGGCAGC